GUCGCGCGCAGCUCCAGUCAGCUGACCAGAGGCGGGAAGUAGCUUCAAGCUAGCAUGGCUCGCUAAAGUUUAUGUCGCUUCCGACUCCGACGUCGCUUUAACUCGACUCGCAGUUGUUUUAUUUCACCAAAUAACUUCUUGGACUGCGUUUGUGAGUCGGCUUGAGGUGAAAGUGGGGCGAAUGGGAUGCUUCAAGACGGCGACGUCUUAGCUAGCGAGCUAGCUAGCACUCGCUUGUUUUGGCAGCGGCAGGUCAGCCAUAUCUCCCCGGGCAAGUGUCCUCUCACGGCGGGCUCGUAAACGCGAAGGUCGGUACCGCCUCAGGGUGAAGAAGAUGCACGACGCCUAUGAGCCGGUGCCUAUUUUGGAAAAACUUCCUCUCCAGAUUGACUGUCUGGCGGCCUGGGAGGACUGGCUGCUCGUCGGAACCAAGCCCGGACAUCUCCUUCUCUACAGGAUUAAAAAAGAUGCAGCCACCAACCUCUUUGAAGUCACACUGGAGAAAUCCAACAAGAACUUUUCAAAGAAGAUCCAGCAGCUUUAUGUCGUCUCGCAGUACAAAAUACUGGUCAGUCUCCUGGAGAACAACAUCCACGUCCACGACCUCCUGACCUUCCAGCAGAUCACAGUCCUGUCCAAAGCCAAAGGAGCCACGCUUUUCGUCUGUGACCUGCAGCAAAGCAGCUCAGGAGAGGAAACACUGAGAAUGUGUGUUGCGGUGAAAAAGAAGCUCCAGCUUUAUUACUGGAAAGACCGAGAGUUCCACGAGCUGCAGGGCGACUUUGGGGCUCCAGAUAUUCCAAAGUCCAUGGCGUGGUGCGAGAACUCCAUCUGUGUCGGCUUCAAAAGAGACUACUACCUUAUUCGGAUGGAUGGUCGUGGCUCCAUCAAGGAACUCUUCCCCACAGGGAAACAGUUGGAGCCGCUGGUCGCCCCUCUGGCCGAUGGGAAGGUCGCCGUCGGACAGGACGACCUCACCGUGGUCCUAAACGAAGAGGGGGUUUGCACCCAAAAAUGUGCUUUGAACUGGACGGACAUCCCCAUAGCGAUGGAGCACCAGCCUCCGUACAUCAUCGCAGUGCUACCUCGCUACGUGGAGAUCAGGACCUUGGAGCCCAGGCUGUUGGUGCAGAGCGUGGAGCUGCAGAGACCUCGGUUCAUCACGUCGGCUGGGCCAAAUAUCGUGUACGUGGCCAGCAACCACUUUGUGUGGCGCCUGGUGCCCGUGUCCAUCGCCACGCAGAUCCGCCAGCUCCUCCAGGACAAACAGUUCGAACUUGCUCUUCAGCUGGCAAAGAUGAAGGACGAUUCAGACGGUGAUAAGAAGCAGCAGAUCCACCACAUCCAGAACCUUUAUGCCUUCAACCUGUUCUGCCAGAAGAGAUUUGAUGACUCCAUGCAGGUGUUCGCCAAACUCGGCACAGAUCCCACACACGUGAUCGGCCUGUACCCGGACCUGCUGCCGUCCGACUACCGCAAGCAGCUGCACUACCCCAACCCUCUGCCGGCCCUGUCGGGGGCAGAACUGGAGAAGGCUCACCUGGCGCUCAUCGAUUACCUCACCCAGAAACGCAGCCACUUGGUGAAGCAGCUCAACGACUCCGACCCGUCCACCACGUCGCCGCUGAUGGAGGGCACGCCCACCAUUAAGAGCCGCAAGAAGCUCCUGCAGAUCAUCGACACCACCCUGCUGAAAUGUUACCUGCACACCAACGUGGCCCUGGUGUCGCCCCUGCUGCGCCUGGAGAACAACCACUGCCACAUCGAGGAGAGCGAAUACGUCCUGAAGAAGGCGCACAAGUACAGCGAGCUCAUCAUCCUCUACGAGAAGAAGGGCCUGCACCAGAAAGCUUUGCAGGUCCUGCUGGAUCAGUCCACCAAGGCCAACUCUCCUCUCAAGGGCCACGAGCGCACCGUGCAGUACCUCCAGAGGCUGGGUGUCGAGAAUCUGGGAAUGAUCUUCGAAUUUUCUCCCUGGGUCCUGAAGAUCUGCCCUGAAGACGGGCUAAAGAUCUUCACGGAGGACCUGACCGAGGUGGAGACAUUACCCCGGGACAAGGUGCUGAACUUCCUGAAGGAGGGCUUCAAAGAGCUGGCCAUCCCCUACUUGGAACACAUCGUCUACAUGUGGGACGACAAGGGCCCGGAGUUCCACAACACGCUCAUCCAGCUCUACCUGGAGAGGGUCCAAGGCCUGAUGAAGCAGUACCUCAACUCAUUGCCAGAAGGGGUUAAGGCUGUUGCCGCGGGGACGGAAACAGGUGAACUGGGAGAGUUCCGGAACAAGCUUCUGUCCUUUUUGGAUAUUUCCAGCAGUUACGAACCGGCGCGGCUCAUCAGUGACUUUCCCUUUGACGGUCUGCUGGAGGAGCGGGCCCUGCUCCUGGGUCGGAUGGGGAAACACGAGCAGGCGCUCUUCAUUUAUGUACACAUUCUGCAGGACACGCGCAUGGCUGAGGAGUACUGUCAUGGCCAUUACAACAGCACCUUGGAAGGAAAUAAAGACGUUUACCUUUCCCUGCUGCGGAUGUACCUGUCCCCCCCGGACGUGCACUGCCUGGGGCCCAUCAAGAUGGAGCUGUCGGAGCCCCAGGCCAACCUCCAGGCCGCCCUGCAGGUCCUGGAGCUGCACCACAGCAAGCUCAACACCACCAAGGCCAUCAACCUGCUGCCGGCCAACACCCAGAUCAAGGCGAUCCAAGUCUUCCUGGAGAGCGUCCUGGAGGAGAAGGCCCAGAGGAAGCGCUGCAACCAGGUGCUGAAGAGUCUGCUGCAGGCCGAGUUCCUCAGGGUGCAGGAAGAACGCAUCUUCCACCAGCAGGUGAAGUGUGUCAUCACGGAGGAGAAGACGUGCAGAGUCUGCAAGAAGAAAAUAGGAAACAGUGCGUUUGCCAGAUACCCAAACGGCGUGGUGGUGCACUACUUCUGCUGCAAAGACCGCAGCAGGUGUCCCACAGACUAAGGUCUCCUCCAUGGAAGUCCAAACAGACUGCUGGGAGGGACUUCAGCCACGCUGUGCGCCUUUUUUUUUUUUCUAAGCAGCCAUUUUGUAGCCCCGGGAGCAAGAAGACGCACGUGGCCUUAGAACUGCAAAAAGUGUACGCCACGC